AUGCUGAUGAAGUUCACAGCUUUUUUCGCGCUAUUUGGUAUAGCCGUAGCUCAUUUCUCAUUUGAAUGGGAUAAAUUCAAACAUGAUUAUAAUAAACAGUAUGCAACUGUUGAAGAGGAAACUGAGCGUAAAGAAAUAUUUAUUGAGAAUGUUAAACAAAUGUAUUCUUAUCGAGAAAUGCAUCCUAAAGCAACAUUUACAAUGGCAAUCAAUCAUUUAUUUGAUCGACGUAUUGAAGAAAUUGUGCCUGCACGAAAAAUUCGUAAAGAAUUUCAUAAAAUACCAAUUCAAAGCUCCGGUAGGAAAAUGGACUUCCCUGAAUCACUCGAUUGGCGUACAAGAAAUGUGACUACAAAAAUAAAUGAUUAUUUGGGAACAAUCAUUACUGCUGUUGUUAGCACUGAGGUUGUUGAAAGUCUUCAUGCAAUUGAAACUGGUGAACUCAUUCAAGGCAGUGUUGAACAAGUAUAUGAUUGCUGCCCACAACCAAUUGAUGCUUUUGACUGUAUAAUGAACAUGAGUGGCAUUUGUCGUAAAACAGACUAUCCAGAACCCUUGAAUAAAUGUGAACCAAAUAAGUGCCAGCCGUUUGCUUCAUUCAAUACAAUUAAGAGAAUGAAAACUCCUGAUGAAAAUCAAAUGUUAGCUUGGCUUCAAGAAUCGACUCUUUGGGCAGAGAUGAAUACUGGUGGAAAAGGUUUUCGCUCCUACAGUGGAGGUAUUUACGAUGAACCUUCAUGCUCUGGAGCAGUGGAUUAUGUGGUACAAAUUAUUGGCUACGGCACUGAAGCAGGGAAACCAUAUUGGCUAGGUGAAAAAUGGGGCCAGAAAGGCUACUUUCAAAUAGUACGUGGCAAGAAUAUGUGUGGUAUUGCUAAUGUUGUCAUUCAGGUGGCUAAUACAAAGACGACUGAUGCUACUACGAAAAGCACUGAUCCUACUACAACGAAGAGUGAUGGCACUCUACAAAAUACCUUAAUUCCUAUAUACUUUAUAUUUCUAUCGACAGCGAUUAGUCGAAAAAUUGUGACUUAUUGCUAA